AUGAUGGAGCCGCGUGUCUUCUUCAGAGUUGUUCAGGGAACGUCACACCCCUCUGAUGUCAUCAAGAGCCUGUACACCUUCACUCCUGCAGUGUUACAUGAUCAUUGCCGUCAUCGUGUCCAGGGCGAAGACUAUCCAGGCGUGAUUCCGGAAGAAGGCCGGUCCGUCCUGGGCAGCUAUGUCACGGGUUUGACAGACGCGAACAUACAAAAACUCGACAGCUUUGAAGGCAGCGAGUACGAUAGGCGAGCAGUCAAGGUAAAGCUUGUCACCAAAUUGGGCAACGCGCAGGGUGAAGGUCAGGUCGAGGGUGAGGAGCAGGAAACAACCACCUACAUAUUCAUUCAUCCUAAUCGUAUUGAGAGGGGUGAGUGGGAUUUUGAGCAUUUUCGCAAGGAGAAGUUGCACAUGUGGGCUCGAGAAGAGAUCUUCUUCUCCGAAGGAUUUGAAAAAUGA